AUGGAUGAUGGAGAUAGAAUAGAUAUUGAAAAUCACGUUAAGAAAGUAGAUGAAAAUUUACAUAAUUCAAUUACAGCUCUCGACCACCAAAUAAAAAUUAAUAAUUUCUUUUCGAACACGUUCACAAAAUUAAAACAAAUUAUUGAAGACGAAAGAAAUAAUUCUUUAGAGUAUCAAGAGAGAACAGACAAAAUAUUGAUUCUUCAUGAACAAACAAUAAAGAUAAACAUUCUCAAAGACGCAGUAAACCAGAUUCAGGAAAACAUUAUUUCAGCAAAAAGUGGUAUUUUUCACCCAAGCAUUUUAACAAAUGAAGAAAUUUAUAAUUACAACAUAGACCUCAACAAACUUCAAUACAUAAAAUUAUGCGCCUUGGAAUAUAAGGAAAAUUUGUUAAUGUUCGUAGUCAAAAUCCCAAAAGAAUUUCAAUCGGUACAAUUAAAAACUAUUAUUCCUAUACCAAACACAGCAGGUAAAGAAAUAACAGCAAAAAUCGAAAAUGUUUUUGAAUACAAAAAUGUCACUUAUAAAUUCGAAGAAGCUAAAACACUCAAUGAACUACAAAUUUCUAAACAUUGCAUCUACUUAUUAAAUUGUGAACUUAUCAAAAAUAGCAUUACAGAAAUUUUACAAAUUGAUGAAGAAACUAUUUUAAUAAAAAAUGCAAAUGGCAUAGAACUAAACCAGAACUGCGACAACAGAAAAAAUAAGUUGAAAAACACUACAUUGAUUCAUUAUAAUAACUGCACUAUUAAGACCCUUUACCAAACAUUCUCAAAUACUAAAAUGUCAUACAAUCAGAGAUUUUAUUAUCCAAACUAUGAUACUCACAAUUUCACUAACAAAAUUACAAUUAACGACCUUGUAUUUAAAAGCGAAGAAAAUUUAAAAGAAAUUAAUGAAUUAAAAUAUCACAAAAAUAUCUCUCAUAUUGGAAUAUCAAUUUUAAGUUUUAUAGUGAUUAUAAUAAUAAUUUUAAUAUCUUGUAAAAUUAAAAAAAAGAAAAACAAUACUAUUCAAACUCAGGAGAGUUUUCCAUUAAGGGAGGGAGGAGUUAUGUGUACACUAUCAUCCCAACCAGACACCACACAACAAAAUAUUGUAAAUUGGACAAAAUAAAAGAUUAAAGAAAAACAAGUAAACAUUACAAAAAAUAUAAGAUAACAAGUAGAGAUAAAGAACAUAAUGCAAAUGCAUACAAACAUGUUUUGGUCCUUAUGUUUGACUGUAAUGAUAACCCAAACAUUAUCGGGUAAACCACACAGUCAUAUUUGUUUGCAUUCAAUAGAAAAUAAGAUUAUAUGUAUUUUACAAAUAUUGUAUUCAUAAUGCAAAUGCAUACAAACAUGUUUUGGUCCUUAUGUUUGACUGUAAUGAUAACCCAAACAUUAUCGGGUAAACCACAGUCAUGUUUGUUUGCAUUCAAUAGAAAAUAAGAUUAAAUUUUACAAAUACUGUAUUUCAUAAGAAAAUAAACAAAACAAAGAAAUAGAUUAAGAAAAUUGUAAUCACUUUAGUAGUUAUAUAAGCAGAACAUAACUUGAAACAGCAGAGAAUAAAAUAUAAUGUCAUAGAAGUAACAUCGUCGGCAUUUUUAUUCCUCCGCUCGAACAAACCUAAAACUCAUAUGUACAAAGGGUAUUGACCCUAUAAUCACGAGUGCGCUCACAUACAAGGGCAUACGGAUAAUUCCAUACUAAAUAAUUAUUGCAAUACAAAAAUCGCAAGUAUUUACUAACGCGAUAAUAAAAACGACAAACGCGACUUUUGAGUAAUUUUUCGGAAAUACCAACUCUUAUUUAUUUAAAAGAGUUUUCGGUUACCACAAUUCUCAGUUAACACUGAAAGAAAAUAAACAUAUGUUUUAUUAACUAACAUUGUCUAAAUGAACUUAGAUUCAAAGGAAUCUAAAGCGACCCAAUUUUUAAAAAUUCUGAAAUGAUUUCAGACGAUGAGUCCAUGUGCACCUGCAGUAGCUACACGCACUAAGCAGGGUACUACGAAACAAAAGCGGGGGAAAGACAUAACGGGUGAUUUUUUUGAGGUUAGGAUUUUCAUGCAUUAGUAUUUGACAGAUCACGUGGGAUUUCAGACAUGGUGUCAAAGAGAAAGAUGCUCAGUAUGCUUUGACAUUUCAUCAUGAAUAGACUUACUAACGAGCAACGCUUGCAAAUCAUUGAAUUUUAUUACCAAAAUCAGUGUUCGGUUCGAAAUGUGUUUCGCGCUUUACGUCCGAUUUAUGG